AGCGAGGGGCACGAGGGCGGCUACUAGUACUACUGUGUAAUAAUAAUGUACUUUAUGCAAAACUAGUGUUGCAUGAGGGGGCGUGGUCAGGGUUUCAAGGUCGGCUAUUUGAACUUUUAUUUAAAAAAUGUUGGACAUUCAUGUCAGCACCCUGUUAAUUAAACUACUACUACAACAAGUACACAUAGUAGUACUACAGAACCUACUUAAAACUACCUUUAAUAGUCAUAUAAACUACUGAUACAACCACUACAACAGCUACUUAAAACUACUGCUACAACACAUUCUUAAGACUAGUACUAAGUACUUAAGACUACUCGUACAUCAAGUACUUUCGACUACUCCGGCUACACGUACCACUACGAUAAGUACAUGUAGUACUACUACAACACGUAGUACUAGUACCCUAAAGCUCCGCCAGCGGGCGCUGAAUCCCUCCGUGAGUCUGCCGAGGAGAAGAGGUUAAAGGAGGAGGAGGAGGAGGAGGAGGAAGAGGAGGAGGUCCCGUCUCCUUCCUUCCUUCCUCCCGACGGAGUCACACAACUUUCGGGAGACUUUUAUUAACUUUGUCAGGAAUGUUUCUCUAAAAGAAGCCGGCCGACGUGGAGCAGUGACGUGGAGCAGUGACGUCAGCAGUGACGUAGAGCAGCAUGUCGGAGCGAUCCUCGUCCGUCUGGAUGUGACUGGAGGAUGGAGGGAGAGGAAGAGACGGCUGAGGAGAAGCAGGAAGAGGAGGAGCUUCUCCAUCACAUCGCAGCGGCGUCCUCAGUGGACGAUCUGGGUCUUCCCAUCAUGCAAUGGGAGGAUCUGAGCCAGCGGAUAGCCGAGUUGGAAAAACAGGAGCAAGAGCGGAGGGAGAGGUCAAAGGAGGCACCAGGGGGGAGGAUGGACGAGAGUCGGGGGGGGGCAUGGAGCGACGUCUGGGAGGAGGAGGACGCGUCGAGUAGGAGGCGUCGAGUCGCUGUCCUCACUUCACGAUUUCAUAACCACAGAAAGCUGCAGCUGUGCUUCAUCAACAGCAGCGACAGUGAGGACGAGGAGGGAGACGGCACAAAGAAGGUUUCCAUGGGAACAGGGCGUAACGGUUGCUAUGGCGCCAGGCUGAAGCAGGAAGUGGCCAGUGACCUGAGGACGCUGAGGGACAAACUGCUGGCCGAGCAGAAGGACGAGGAGCGGGUGGCAGCCAUCAGCCGUGUUGCCGAGCAGAAACAUCUGGAGCGUUUGGAGCUGCAGAUGUGUUCAUUGCAGCAGCUCGUUAGCUUGGGAGCAUCGCUUCAACAGGACGUGCACGCUCUGAGCUCCCAGUUGGUUUCUCACCUUGUUGUCCGGGACCAGCUGAGGACGAAGCAGGACGCCGUGCUGCUGGAUGUCCAGGACCUGACCUAACGACCAGGACCUCUGACCGGGACCCCUGCUCCUCCUCCUCAGACCUUAUCUGAGAUGCUAAUUGGGCCAGAUUCUACUGGAGGGGUCUGGUAGAACAGGAAGUUACCCCAAAAAAACGGUUGUGGAAAAAUUUUCUACGACGUUGAGACCAAGUCUGAAGGAAACGUGAACAAGGAGGAGAAGUAACGUCAAAUCUUUCGGAGCAGAGCGAUCAACUAGCGGACAUCUGAAGAGCUCCAACUCCUUCUUCUGCUGGUCCUCCCUCCUGCAGGAGGUGGACCUCAACAAAGGGCCAGAAGACGGCGUACUCAGCAGAACGUCUACAAGAAGCCAAGUUAGCGUUAGCCUCCUCACUGUCAUUUGUCCUUUUAAAAGGCUCCUGUUGCCACUGUUGGACAGUGUGGUUGAUGGUGGACAUAUAGAAGGGACCUCAUGUAAAUAGACUUCUUAAAACAAUCGGAGAACAACAAUCUAGUUGCUGGUUUGGUCAAAUCGUAAAUCUUCCUAAUUGUUUUGUCACUAACUGACUAACUAAUAUUUGAACAGAUAACAAGCUGUCGUCAAUCAAUCUGAUUAAAACAAACUAACUUAAUUCAAUAUCAAGGAGAGAUAAACACAAACAACGCGAUGAAACCAAUUAACACCAAGCUGUCCGCUCGGGUCAAAGAUGCAGCAACGAUCCCAGCAGCAUGUGUUGAGUCUCGUUAGCUGUUAGUCGUUAGCUGUUAGCUAUUAGCCGUUAGCUGUUAGCCGCUGGCUGUUAGCUGUUAGCCGUUAGCUGUUAGCCGUUAGCUGUUAGCUGUUAGUCGUUAGCUCUUAGCCGUUAGCUGUUAGCAAAUGCAUCGUCCAACGUUGUGAAAGUGAGGCACAGAACUGGUUGGUAUUAAAGUAAAGAGCCACAUUGUAAGCACAGCGGCAGAUGAGAGCAGGACGGACGUAGAGAUGCACAUUCAUGCUGUCACCCACAGGUCACAUGACCCUGGAUGAAGAAGGAAUAUAAAGAACGUAUCCCAGCUUAUUUAGUCAUCAACAAUUUCAUUUUUUAUUUAUUUGACCUUUAUUUAACCAGGUAAAAUCCAUUGAGAACCAUUUCUCAUUUACAAGGAUGACCUGGUGAAGAGGCAGGUACAAACAACACAAACAACACAGACACACAACAGUGUGACAAACACAUGGCUAAAAACUACACAGUGAAAUCAAUACACAUUAUGUACAAAAGAAGGCAGAUUAUUGGAAGUGAGCAUGUGAACAUGUUGAGGGAGGUUAUUAAUAAAUGGAUUCAUGAGAGCUUUAUAGUAGCCUCAAAGACGCUUAUUGUAAGUCGCUUUGGAUAAAAGCUAAAUGACACGUGAUGUGAAGCUGUUAGUUGGACGUGUUCUGUACUGAGAUCCAAUCAUUUGCAGCGACAGAAUGAAAGGAGCUGAAACGCAGCGGGGACUGAAUGAAGGAUCUCAAAGGCUUCGAGGGGUGAAGGGAGAUCCACCAUCAGGACCGAUCUCAGUGGGGGGGUGAGUGGGUCCAGCUUUAUGAGGGGGGUCUUUGAUGUCAUUUUAUAGAUGAUGUUGCUGUAGUGAAAUAGAGGAAUGAAGGUCCUAUUGGUCAGAGGGAAGGAGGCCCCUGAAAGCAACACGAGUGUAAAGCUUGAUUCUCUCGUGACACUAAAGACGUUUUUCUGCCUCGUGGACGUAAACAAAUGAAAUGAAGUAAGUGCUUUAAGUGUCAUUGUGUUGUUUCUUUAGUGUGUUACACGAAGGGAACGUUACACUUUGGUUAUUUGGUUAUAUAACAACAAAAAAGACACAUUAAGGUUUACUGCUAAUGAAUGAAGGGAAAAAUCCACUUGAUAUAGUUAAAAUAUUUUUUUAUGUUUGAUGUUGCUGCCUCGAUUAUUUUUUUAUUGUUAACUUUAGUUUACAUUUUGCCAGCAGUAAUAGUUUUUGGAUUCAAAGACAUUUUAUUCCAGACUUUAUCUUUGUAAUAAAGAGAUAACUGUCACAUGGAAGGAAAUUCACAUUUAUUAAUAUUUAAAUAAAUAUUUAAAGUCACAAUGAAAAUAUGUUUUAAGUGGCACAUAAUUCAACAGUAAGAAUAUUGUUUUCAUAUUUUAUUGUGAGUAAAUAAAAUGUAUUACAAAUGUGUCUAAAAAUGUAAGACGUGUUAUAUAUAUAUUUAUAAUAUAUUUUGAUGUAAUAUAAAAGUUUCCUUUAUCUUUGAAAUACAUUUUGUAGCACUUUUGAAAACGUGUUUCACAAUAAAAGUAGAAAAUAAAAUCAAUCAAUAACAAGAUGUUAAAACUGGUGAUUUAAAUAGUUUCAAACUUCUGUUUCCCUCUAAAAUAUAAUAGAGAACAUCUCGUGUUGAUCAUGUGACCAGGACCUUUUUUACUGAUAUUCAAAAGUUUUCAGGAAUCUGAAAUUAACAAAUAAUGAAGUUUUACAUUUGUUUUUAUUUGAUGUAUCAUUUAAAGAGUAAUUGAUAAGAUUUUUUCCACCUGUUUGAGGGUGUUUGAUCACCUGUUCAAACCCAGUGAUGAUGAUGAUGAUGAUGAUGGUGAGGAGGAGGAGGAGCAGGGACAGGAGGAAGGAGAAAGGGGAGGAGGAGCUGAUAACAAGGAGACGAGAGCAGCUCGUUUUGAUCACGUUUUGAUUUAAAAGCCGAUCAGAAGUUACGAUUAAAUGUCUCCACGUGUCAGAAUCCUGAUCAA